CAUAAAGCAACGACAUAGGAUAGUGACUAGACGCAUCCUCUGCAGGUGGGAUCUGGGGAUCAGAAAGGGCUAGCGGGGACUUCAGAAGGAGGAAACAAGAACAUCAUGAAGACAGCAGGCUUUAUGCUCUUCGCCCUGACGCUAUUCUUCUAUAUGGAUUUUGUUACUGAAGCAAAAAAAGUACAGAUGCAUUGUGAUGGUCAGAUACAAGAACUCUGUACUCUGGAGUAUAAACCACGCUGUGGUUCGGAUGGCCACACCUAUGCCAACAGGUGUUUGUUCUGCAAUGCAGUUGUAAAGAGUCGUGGAAUGCUUAAGUUAAAGCACCAUGGAACAUGUGGGCAUAUUCCAGAGUUCAGGAAAAAUUAAGGCUGUACGUCCACUAAACUAAAAAACAACUACCAUCCCAGCUCACUUGGUCUCUUACUCAUCACAUCAUCAUAAUGAACGCCAUCUUUCUUUGCUUUUUCUCUAUUUUUUUCUGAGUAUGUCUUGUAAUAUGUAACAUUUUAAUUGGUUGUUUUAGUAAACAAGUAAGCAGCACAA